CCAAAAAGUUAAUGCAAGAAGGAUUAAAAAGAGUUUAAUUUUAUACAUAAAAUAUCCAGAAAAGUUUAUAAAGAUUAAAGUCUUUUCAAAGUUAAAAGAGAUUCGCUAAAUUAAUUUUAUUAUAAAAUAGUUCUAGUUUAUUUAACAUAAAGCAAAAUAUGUUUGAAGAAGCGGACAAUUUUGCUGACAUUUUCCGUUUCGGAAUCCCUUACUACUUACUAAUUACUCUACCAAUUUUAAUAUUGUGUAGCUCAGAUCCUGUAUUAGCAACAGAUUUUUCAGUACACAGGAUGUCUCAAUUUGAUGUUAAUGGUGUUUCAUAUGGCUGCCGAUCAUCUGCAUUGAAUUUGGAAGCUAAAUCAUUAUAUACAUGGUCAACAUCAAGGCACUGCGUAGUAACAAGGUUCAAAGAUUUAUCAAUUGAAAAGUUUCGGGAAAUUCGAGCAAAAGCCGGAGGUUUGGUAAUUCUUUUACCAAAAAAUAUAGAAAACUUAAAUGAAGAAGAAAAAGAGCAUUUAUUCCUUCUUGAAGAUGCCAUGAUUUCUCAAGCCUCUACUAUACCCAUAUAUUUUUCAAAAUAUAACGAAGAGCUGGAUAGACUUAUAGAUGACAUUACUUCUACCAAUUUGAAGAACUCCAAAGGUCAAAAUGUUAGGGAAUCUGCCCUUGCAGAGAUUAUAAAUUCAAUAUCAGCUAAUGGAUAUCAAAUAACAGUGACAGGUGCAAGUCAUUCUGCUGAUAAACAUUCGAAAAUUCCAAUUAUACAAGGCGAGUUAGCUCCUCUUAUUAGUAUAAAAGUUGGAGGAGAUCAAGAGAAUUCUAAUAAAUUGCCAAUAAUUGUUGUAGUAGCUCAUUUAAAGACUUUUGGAUUGUAUAAUGAAUACCCAGAAAAUAGUGAUGUAGCAAUUGUAUUAUCUUUAGCAGAUUUAUUUAGUAAAUUACAUAACAGUGUUACGGCAGCUCCAAAAUAUCGUCUUAUGUUUUUGAUCUCAGAAUCCGGAGCUCUGUUAAACUUCCAAGGAACCAAAAAAUGGUUAGAUGAAAAUACACAAACUCAGAAUAUUGAUUUCGUGCUAUGUUUGGAUACGAUAAAUCAACCGCUUUCAACGAAAACUAAUGCUAUAUACAUGCAUGUGUCAAAACCGCCUAAGGACAACACGCCAGUGAGCAAUUUCUUUAAACAUUUAAAGCAAUCGUGUAUAACAUACGACAAUGUUACCGCAGAAGGUGUACAUAAAAAAAUUAAUUUGGCUGAUAAUCAGUUGGCCUGGGAACAUGAACGUUUCAGUAUGAAGCGAUUGCCAGCAUUUACAUUAUCUAGUUUAAAUUCUCAUAAAGAUAUUUCAAAAGUUACAAGCUUUAAAUAUAAUAAUGAUGUUGUUCUUCGAAAUGCUGAACAAAACGUUAAAAUAUUAGCAGAAGCUCUUGCAAAAUAUGUUUAUAAAAUAGAAGAAAAUGGAGAAAUAUUUUCAGGUGUAGUUAAUAUCGAUAAAGAUUUGAUAAAGCCAUGGUUACAAGUAAAAUCAAUUUUACAUAAUAAUGAUCUUAAGAACGGUUUUGAGAAAUAUCUAAAGAAUGUCAAAAUAAUUUAUGAAAAACCUGAUACACGAGAGCCAGAUUUUAUGCUAUAUGAUGGUCAAGAAGCUGUUUUAAAUUUUUAUAGAAUAAAACCAGCAGUUUUUGAUUUAUUUUUAACUGUUAUCAUAGCCAUUUAUUUAACUGGAAUAUACUUUGCUAUUCAAUAUUUUCCAAAGUUAUAUGUUUCAGUGUGUCAAAUGAGCAAAAUGGAGAAAGUUAAAUCAAUUUAAAAAAAAUGAAAACGUAUACCUCAUUAAAGAAAUCAUGUGAAAGUUUUAACUCAUUAUUUAAGUGUUUAUUUGAGAAUUAAUUUUUAGUAAAGUUGUUUGUUAUAAAAUUAUAUUAAAAUUUAGGAAAGAAAAAUAUUUUCAAGGUGAAAAAUUAAAAGAACAAUAAAAUAAUGUUUGGUAUUGGAAAAAAAUUAUUUAAAAUACAUAUUAUAUUAUAAUUUGUUUUUGAGAUCUAAAGCCUGGUUUUUUAUGUUCCUACCAAAAUUAAAUAAACUAAUAUUGAAUUAUAGUUGUAAAAUUACAAUUUAUUUGAUCAAAAAAGGUAUUUUAGAAUUUCAAAAUUUUGUAUAUUUUAUUAAGUAAAAUUUAUGUUUAAAAUAUU